AUGCUCAUCUUCUCAAACACCAUCCCGGCUCAGGACAGGCAGGCUGGCUACCCAGUCCAGCACGACAGGAGCCAACGCGAGGUCGACAAAGACCAAGAAGACGCGUUCGCGACUCGAGCUAGGCGCUUUCGCUGGUCGUGUUUCAUCCCAGGUUUGACAACCUGUCCUCCGAUCAAGCCGCCCGACCCCUCCAUGGCUGUUCCACCAACGCUCAAGGAACACGACCCAGGGACGACCUUGGGUUUCGUGUCCCAGCGCAGAACCAUCGUUGAUUUGUUGUGUCCUCAAGUCCUCAGCGCCGAGGAACAGACUCUGGAAUCCGCCACGGCGGAGCUGUUCUGA